UCUUCUCCCUCCUUUCACUUCUCUCUUACCAAACCCUCUCUUCUCCUUAGCUUGGCCGUGCGAAUCAAUUCCGAUCCUCGUCGUCAUCGACGUUGCUUGGAUCUCUGUCAUCGUUUGCAUUCUUGGUGGUUGGUCAUCGUCGUGGGUGUUCUUUCGAUGGUUGGUCGCCGUCGUGGGUCUUCUUUUGGUGGUUCGAUCUAUAGAUUUGGGUCAUUGUUCGGUCCAGCUUGUUCCUGUCGUCAUCACCGGCAUGGUGGAGUUCACCAUCCAUGGAUUCCGUUAGGGGUGGAGUUCUCUCUUCUCCUUGGAUCUAUAGAUUCCAGUGGGUCAGCUCGCCGUCCUCUGUCUAGCUUGUUUCGGUCGUGGAGGUGGGUCGUCGACGUUGGAUCUAUAGAUUUAGUUGUGGGUUUUUCCAAUCCGAUCGUCUAUUUGCCUGAUCUACUCGUGGGUCUUUCGAUCCAGUCGUCAAUAUUGUACUUUUGCCAGAUCUGUCAUCUCAACUUUGUUCGCAAGGUCCGACAUUCCAAUCUUCGAGCUCCAAGUUCGAAUCUAUUCAAGUUUGUGGGUUAUUUAAGUUGUUUGCUUGGAAAGGUUAAACUCAUCAACAAAGAAAGCGAACUCGAACAUUGAUAGGGAAUUGUCAGCUACUUCUUUUAUCAGACCGAGUAAGGAUGAGUUGGAUCAAGCUCAUCUUUAUGUCAUUCAAAAUGUGAAUGAUGUGCUUCCUUAUGUCGAGUAUGUAGAUCUCCAUCUUAUUCUCGUUUUAGGUUACUUGAUUAUUCAAUGAUCUACUAACUUUGUCAUUUAUAAUAGGCAACAUAUGGAUAUUUUGUCAAAGCUCAAUUCUGGUAAGGUAAAAGUAAAAAGUGGCUUCAAGAAGAGCAUAAUUGUACAUUCAGUUGUUGGUUGUCCACACGUACAAUCUCUAGAGGCCUACACUUUGAUGUAUAAUUAAAUGUUAACUACUAAACUAUCAUAAAAUAUAUCAAAGGUUGCACUAGCUCUUGAAGUUCCCAAAAAUUUCAUAUCACCUUCUUUAAGAUGAAUAGCUAAUGGACUUUGUCCAACUGUGGCAAAAUAUUCUUGUUACGCGGUCAAUGGUUACUACUUUCACACAAAGAACUGCGAUGAUAUUAGGAGGAUUCAAAAUAGUGGAGUUAGUAUAACGGCUACCACAAUGCAAGUCUCUAGUGCUAAGGACAAAAGCCUUGUCAUGUCAAAUAUGACAUUUCAUGGUGUAAUACAAGAAAUAUGGGAGCUUGACUAUCAUAGAAUAUUUUUUAUUUUAUUCAAAUGUAAUUAUUGGGUUGAGAAUAGAAAUUAAGUCAAAACAGACGAGUUUGGGUUUACUAAUGUGGACUUUAAUCGUAUUGGACAUAAAUCAGACCCAUUUAUUUUAGCCUCUCAAGCAAAACAAGUCUUUUAUGUAAAAGACCCCGCAAAUUCAAGUUGGUUAAUUGUUUUAACAUCUCAACAACGAACAAUUGAAGAUGAUUUUUAUGAAGAUGAAAUAGGAGAUAUGCCACAGGAGUGUGGUUAUGAAGGUAUGCAAAUAAUGUCCAAUGUUGAUACAUCUAUUGAGAUUGAUGAUAUAACAUCCACAUACACUAGAAAUGAUUA